AUGACUUCUACUACUAGUUUUUCUGCUUUACCUGAUAAUAAACCUCAGAUACGGCACAUAGUGAACAUUCCCGAACAGAUUGAGUCUGAGGUUCAUGAUCAAUGUUGCAUCUACAAGGUUCCUCCCCAUCUCCUGAAACUGAAUGUGGAAGCCUAUACACCAUAUUUCAUCUCAAUAGGCCCUCUUCACAAUGACAAGCCUGAGCUAAAACAGGAUAAACAGAAGCAAAGGUAUUUUCAUGCCUUCUGGAAACGUCUAUCUCACAAGCAGUGUUUAGCUUUGUCACAAUAUAGAGUCUACCUUGAACAGAACAGAGAAAAGAUAGGUAACUCUUACUCCAAGCCAGAACUCCACAAGGAUGAAAACUUCAUUGACAUGAUUCUAUUAGACUCAGUCUUCAUCAUGGAGCUGUUUUUGAGAAAAGCAAACAAAUCUGAGCAGAAUAAUGAUUUAAUGUUCACCACGUCAUGGAUUUGCAAGAUGACUCAACGUGACUUGUCACUGCUUGAAAAUCAGCUUCCCAUGUUUGUGUUGGAGGAAUUGCACACAAGGGUCAUCCUUGGAGAUAACGGCACCAAGGAAAACUGUCUCAUGUUCAUUGAGCUUGCCUUUAACUACUUUGAAGACUAUUAUCCACACAAGUCAAGUCAAAAGGUGGAGAUGAUCAACAAUUUUAAAUCUUGCGUAAACUUCACUGAUUUGAUCAGAUACACCUACCUGCCUAGACAGAUCCAGGCUAAUGUGAAUCCAUCACAACAGUUCACCCCUUGUGCUGUGGAAUGUGUUCUGAGGACUGCAACAAAGUUGAAUGAGGCUGGUAUAAGCUUUGAGAAAGUUCAAGGUAGGAGCUAUUUGGACAUAAAGUUUGAGAAAUCUCGUAUCCUCAGUUGGUUCUUGUGUUUUGGUUGCUUACCAUUCUCCAGAUGUUUCAAAUCUCGUUUGCAAAUACCCCAUUUGAAAGUAGACCAAGUGACAGAAUGUGUUCUAAGGAACCUCAUUGCCUUGGAGCAGUGCCACUAUUCAGAUCAACCUUUCAUAUGCAACUAUGUGACUCUAAUUGACUCUUUAAUUCACACUCAAGAUGAUGUGGAGCUUUUGGUGGACAAAGAAAUCAUUGUGCAUGAACUUGGCAGCCACAAUGAGUUGGCAACUAUGAUAAAUGGUCUUUGCAGGCAUGUUGUGGUGUCUUCAAAUUAUUAUGGCAAAAUCACAAGGGAACUCAAUGAACACUACAACUGCUGUUGGAAACACUACAUGGGUGUGCUUAGAUCUGUGUACUUCCGUGACCCUUGGAGAUUCAGUUCAACUAUAGUGGGAAUUGCUGUGUUCUUGUUCACUGUUGUAAACUUUCUAAGGGUUAUUGGUGUGUUUCAACCAAAAUAUUAA